AUGGCCAGCGGUCCGUCAACUCCUUUGUCUGAGUUGACGCAAGACUCGCCCGUGAAGAGAAGGAAGCUGACAUAUGCCCAACAUGAUGAUGUAGUUUAUGCCAUUAGGGAGCUGGCUGCUCGUGGCGGGCCGUUGAAAGAUUUGAUCAAGCCGGCAGCGAGGAAAUGGGCAGACGACAAGUCUGCGAGCAUAGGGUCCUUCUCGCAGCCACGUAAGCUCCCGAAUGCCGAGCCUACGUACUGUACGUCUGCGCUUUGCGGAAAGUGCGAUGGAUGCUGGAGCAACGCUGGCAAAGUGUAUCGUUUCGAGGCGAGCAUCCAACAAGGCCACUUUCUCCGUUUGAUUGUCAGUACUGCAGGUGAUUGCUGUGGCGAGCCUCGCGUACGCAGGCGCAGCUCCGGCCAGAACGAGGCUGGCGAAGCUUUCCCAGGACUUUCGGAGCAAGAUCGACUCCGAGUCCUGGCAGCCUGUGACAGUCUUUUGGCAGAGGGUGUGCACCCUACCCCUAUGGGAGUCACAAUUCGUAUGGGCAAACCAGCUGUGGACAUCGAGAAGCUGCGUGCCGUGCUGAGAUGGCGCAAGCAGGAAUAUGGACAGGGAGCGGCCGUUUUGAAAGAGAGUGAAGCUGAUUUCGAAGCGUACGUACGCAAAUGGGAGGAUCCCCAAGGAGGCCCACUCCACGUUCCGAGGUGGUCUUUGCAUGUUUUCACAUGGACUGCGAUUUUGACACCGUUCUUGCUGGCCUUGGCUAACCUUCGAGAAGCGGGUCAACUGCACGAGCUUUAUUUGGCUGCCGACUUCACUUUCAAGAUCGACAUUUUCAACUACAGCUUGGGCCUAGUGGCAGCUGUUAUCCGGCGCAAGCUGCGAGGCACAUGGACAGUGACACCAUGGCCUCUUGCUGCCGUGCUGAGCCCGUCCGAAGACACGUCACAUUAUCGAUCAGCGUUUGAGACGCUUUCCGGUGCUUUAAAGCAGCACAAGCUGCCUCAGCCAACCCAGGUGAAUACCGACUUUUUUUCUGGCUCCGGAACAGCAGCUGCACAGACCUUCAAAGACAUUGUUCUGGUGCACGAUUUAUGGCACAUGCGGCGCAACCUUGUGAAGAACGACAAGGCUUUCCUGAAGUUUCUUCUGGUUCUGGCCGGCAAGGGAGCACUGCUGGAAGAGGCCGUGGACGCG